GUGGAGGCAAAAGAAUAAAAAAUGGAGAAAAGGGAAGAUGAUGAAGAAAGGAAGUCUCAUGUGAAAAGAGGGUUGUGGAAACCUGAGGAAGACAUGAUUUUGAGAAACUGUGUUGAUACUCAUGGUGAAGGAAACUGGGCAGACAUCUCUCGUCGGUCAGGGUUGAAGAGAAGUGGCAAAAGCUGUAGGUUGAGGUGGAAGAAUUAUCUAAGACCAAAUAUCAAAAGAGGAGGCAUGUCACCUCAAGAACAAGACCUCAUCAUCCGCAUGCAUAAGCUUCUUGGGAACCGAUGGUCUUUGAUCGCUGGUAGACUUCCAGGUAGGACUGACAACGAAGUCAAGAACUACUGGAACACACAUUUGAACAAGAAAUCCAAUUCCAGGAAACAGAACGCAACUGAGUCAGUGGAAGCUCCUUCGGACAAGCCAGUUAUGUCUACAGGAGUGAGAGAAAGCCAUGGAGAAGAAGGCACUAACACUAACUGGAUGGAGGAGACUAACUGCUUUGGCUAUGACGUUUGCAUAAGAUCUCCUCUGACUCAAACACAAGAGUGUCUGUGUGAUGAGACAUACACUCUUGUGUUUGACCCAUGUUCUGCCUUCACCGAUUUCUUUCCUAUGCUUUAGGACUUUCUUGAUUUUGUUUUCUCUGAGGGAUUUAUAUUCUUGCAUAGCUUUUCUUUUAAUAAUAUGAGGUUUAGGACCGAAGCCAGUAAUCCCUUCAUGUCAGCAAUCGCAAUAUGUAAUAUUAGUUUCUAUCUCAACAGUCCUCGAACCGAC